AUGUCUUUAGUUCAACAAGUAAGAUUUGGUAACACUGGUUUGAAGAUCUCUCCAAUUAUCAUUGGGUGCAUGACCUUUGGUAAAAAAGAGUGGUCCGAUUGGAUCGUCUCAGACAAAGAAGAAGUGUUCAGACUAUUGAAAUACUGUUACGACAAAGGUUUACGUACUUACGACACAGCUAACACUUAUUCUAAUGGUGUUAGUGAGCAAUUGUUGGGUGAAUUUUUGAAACGCUACAACAUCAGAAGAGAAACGGUCGUUAUUAUGUCGAAAUUGUUCUUCCCAGCGGACGAUUCCUUGCCAGAUUUCCAAUUGACGAAUGGUUUCAAAGAUGAGGAAGAGAAGCUACACUUGAUUAACCAGUUCGGUUUGAAUCGUAGAAAUGUCAUUGAAAGUGCUAAACAAUCCGUCGAGAGAUUAGGUACUUACAUGGACGUUUUACAAAUUCAUAGAUGUGACAGAGAAACUCCAUUCGAAGAAACUAUGAGAGCUUUGAAUGAUGUCGUCAAUGCUGGUUACACAAAAUACAUCGGUGCUUCUUUAAUGAGGGCUACUGAGUUUGCUGAAAUGCAAUUCAUUGCUGAAAAACAUGACUGGCACAAAUUUGUUAAUGUUCAAUCGUUACACAACUUAAUAUACCGUGAGGAUGAAAGAGAACUAAUCCCAUUCACAAAGAAGCAUGGUAUCGCUUUGACACCUUACUCACCAUUGCAAAAAGGUUAUCUAGCCAAGCCAUAUGGUACUAAGACUGUCAGAAAUACUACUGAUAAGCACAUGUUGAGAAUUAAAAUCGACAAUAUGAGGGACUCAGACAAAGAAAUCAUCAGUCGUGUCGAAAAAGUCUCUAAAGAUAAAAAGGUUUCCAUGGCUGAAGUGUCUUUAGCGUGGUUAAUUCAACAAGGUUGCAAUCCAAUUGUUGGUGUAAGUUCCACCGAAAGAGUUGAUGAAGCCAUUAGAGCUCUAGAUGUGAAAUUGACAGAAGAGGAGACCAAAUUCUUAGAAGAGCCAUACCAACCCCAACCUCAGUUACUUAUGUAG